AUGAGCUCCAAACGACUGUUUUCUUGGCAGAAGCGGCAGUCUAAUGCAGAGCCCUACUACAAGACGGGUGGUUUGCUGUCCAUCGAUGCCUUGGAGGGCGAGCCCAGCAAUGCUCCAGAAGCAAAGGACACCCAAAAGGCACGGCGGCGCCCCUCCAACCUCACUAUAAUCCCUCCGGAGCAUCAGCACUCCGCAUCGAGCCCCCUGUCUUCUCCAUACAAUGUCCGCCGUGUCAGCUCGACGUCCAAUCUCAUGGCCAUCUUCAAUGAUAUGCUGCGCUCACCAUCGUUUGGAGCUGCCGCCUGGCCGAGAUCUGCUUCCGUACAUAAGUCUCUCUCCACUCGACCACGCUCGAGUUCCGUGCCAUCGUCCCCAGAUCUGCCGGUCGAGUUACCUGGAUCCCUUCUACAACAAAAUCAGGGCUUCCCGUACUUUGAAAACCCAUACUUUGAAACUCCAGACUUUGUGCUAAGUCGACCCACAUCGCAAAACGUGCGACGAGGCACCCAUCCCCCUGAUAGAUGUGCUGGAGACGAGGGAGAUGUGUUCGAUCUCUUACACUUGGUUCCUGAACCUUUAAAUCAUUCACGAAGUGUUCCAAGUUUGAACCCCGAGUAUCAAGAGAGCGCAAUGAAGUCUUCUCGUAGUGAGACUGUUCCCAAUGCGAACGUCCUUAACAAGUCAAAACCGCACAGGGUGCAUCAUAGAAAGGCACUCAGCGACAUCGAAUGGCGCACACUCGCAGACACGACGACAAGCAAUGAUAUCAACGUCGCAGAACCGUCUGCUUCAAAGCAUGUCAACGCCAACUACAACUCGAACAAAUUGCGCGUGAAGUCUGGCAAGCUGCCACAGCCAUCGUCGAUGAUCCUUGAAGCAGCAGCCUCAUUCAAUAUCUUGGAAGUACACGCAAGCCGUGGAGAUGAUCUUGGCGUCAUCUCAACUCCUACACCAACCAGAACGCGCAGCAAACACACCGGAGACUUGAAGGCCACUAUUGCGACACAAGAUCAGACGAUUUCAACGUUGCAAUCGCGAUUCGGCAGUUUGAGGUUGUCGCACGAAGCUCACGUAUCAAGCCUUGCAGACGCGCAUGCUGCAGAGGUUGCGUCAUUGCGAAACCACGCAAAGCUAUUGGAAGAGCAACUGGCUCAACGCCCAGGCCUGCACCACGCCUCAGGCGACAACUUCCUGUUUCUUUUGGAUACAACAGAAUUCCCUUCAACUCUUAGCCGCGAAAGCUCGCAGUACACAGCAAAUACCUCUCGCAGUUCAACUUUGUCGUUUCAAAGUGCCUCGGGGAAACAUCAGAGAUCACCCGAGGGGUUGCACAAUAUGGAGAGCUUGAAGCGCAAGCUGAGCACCACGCGUCGGCCACAGACUGCGGAUCGCAACCUUCUACCCGAACUCAACCAAUACAAGCAAAAUAACGUCGCACUGGAAACACAAAUCGGAUCGUUGAUGGCGAAAUUGAACGAGUCCAAGAAAAGCGAGAAGGCGUUGAGGACAACCCUGCAGCAUGUCGAACAAAAGUGUGCCGAAGCCGAGAGCAAGGCGCGCGAAGUACAGCAACUUGCGUCAAGUGCAGAGGCCCUACAGAACACCAUUGAUCACCUUGAAUCUCGUCUCGAGAUCGCGAACACCGAGAAGCUGGAUGCACAGGAAGAGCUCUUCAACAUGCGGGCAUUGAAAUCCCCCUUUGAUGCCCAAUUCUCUGGGCUACAAUCACCCAUACAGGAUGCUCACGUCAGCAUGGACACAGUCUUUUCCGCCGACACGCAACCAGAUCGGCAGCGCGAUUCAGCAGCGACGCUGUCUACUUUUGUCGCACACAUCGAGCAGCUCCAGGACGAGGUCAGACAAAAGGACGCGUACAUUUCCGACCUAAAAGAAGAUACCACGUACUUGCAUCAGAUGCUGGAUCAUGUCAAUCGACAAUAUGACGAGAUCAAUCUACAGUUGGAAAUCCAGAAUAAGCUACUUGGAAAGACAAAAGAGACAGACGAGCAAAUCGAACAGCUGCGGGCUGCGAUCAUGAAGCGAGAGGCUGUCAUUGGGGAUAAGGAGAAGUCCAUCCGAGCGAUCGAAAGGCAAUUAGAACAUCACCAGCUCUUGUUGCAAGCGGAGAUACGAAAACACGCUACCAUGUCGCGACACCUUGGCGAUGAGAGCAAUCCACUGCCUGAGCUGACUGCCCUUGCUACAAAGAAAGAUAUCGACAGAUGGAUCCAGAAACUCAACCAGCGCUUGCAGAAGGCAAAAUCGAUGAGUCCAGCCAAAGAACCAGCGACAGCGGUCGAGGCGCACGUUGAAGAUCUGCGUAACGAGAUUGACUUUUAUGUACGCGAGAUUGUAUAUUACAAGUUGGAUAUCCGAGGGUAUAAGAGCGACAUCAAGAAGCUCAACAAGAUUACGGCUCAACUAGGAAGUUAUGGAAACAGGGCCAGUGACCUCGAAUCCGAGACCUCGUCCCUACGACCGGCACCCACACCGAAUCGGGCACGAUUCUUGUCGACGACUCCAGAGCUGAAAAGUCCAGGCUAUUCAUCUCCCGCCUUGAUUGGUUCCGCUCAAACAAUUAUAGGUCCAGCUUGUGCUCUGACACCGCCGCCAUCGAUGGCUACGGACAGUCCCAGUUCUUCUCCGAUACUGCUCGCAAAGGACGUGUUGGACGAUUACGAAGAAGCAGCCUCAAGAAUCCCAGUGGUGCCACACAUACCAACUCAAGUCACGAUUGUCAAUGUCACGCACAAUACUCCCUCUGCUUCCGCGCCAGAGAGGCAAGACACUCAGCGCAGUAUGGGUAACUCAACUGUCCACAUGUACGCCUCUCCUAGAACACCGGGAGGUCCUGCAGUAUCGACUCAUGAUGAGCAUUCAGUAAUGCUUGCUCAUGCAAUUGGUAUCUCGGACCGCACACCACUGCAAAAGGUCAACUUGUCUCAUGAGCCAGUUGUCCAAAGCAAUCAGACUCCAAUGACCGAAUUGACGUUACCUAUAAUCUCAGACAUCUACCGGCCAAACCUUGAGCGCGAAGUAUCUGAAACAUCCACUGUGCGUCCUGUCGUGCCGAUAUCAAGAUUCUCAAGCGACCUGCCAUUGAGUUCAUCAUCAUCCAAUCUCCACCCAAGCUCGCAUUCACCUCUUGGCUUAGGGUCAAGUGCCACCAACUACACCCUACAGUCUCAAUCAUCAUUGCGCCCGGAACGCGGAAUCAGCACCACAUCCAGUAACGGUAUUCCCUUUGUCAUCGCAAUGGGUUCACCACACAAUCCCGCGAUCGCAGUAGCAGCGAAGAACAAGCCGCUCGCACGUCCACAUAAAUCUUCGACCACAUCGCGAAUAGGUGUCGGCGGCACCAUGUCAUCUUCUACCCCAUUCUCCUCCCCCACAAGCAUUGAAAGCUUCCCCUCUGCGCCAGCUAACUCGCCGAUGGCGACGACAGGCCAUAAAAGGAAGUCAAGCUUGAGUUUCAGGAAACAGGAAAAUGACCGUCCGACAACACCAACGCAUGCACGAAGUAUUAGUGGCGGGAGCAUUCGGACAGCGAUAAGGUGGACAAGGGCCGCAAGUAGGGACAAGGAAAAUGAAAAAGAGGUGCAGCUGAGGAAGGAUAGCAUCGGCAUGCCGCAGUCACUUGAUGGCUCGUUUGGAAUCGAUCAGUCGACCUUCACAAGAGUCGGUGAGUUCAGUGAUAGCCUUGGAGACAGAGGCAAUUAA